AUGUGCUACAACUGUGGAGGUCUUCAUUUCAAAUCUCAAUGCCGUCAACACCCUAACCCUUGUCCUAAAUGUCAAAGGACGGGCCAUCUUGGUCGCUUCUGUAGACAACCUACCUGCAGCAAUGACACUAUCUCUGUGGGAACAAACUGGAGGAACCCAAGUCAAGGCCAAAGGAAUCCCAGUAACCAAAGUGAGGUAAGAAGUCAAAACCCCGUCAAGGUAUCUCGAACAUCGGUAGGAAGACCUAGUACAAGAGGAAGAGUAUUUACAAUAAGUGGUGCUGAAGCUGCUCAAUCUGAAAACCUAAUCGAAGGUACAUGCAUUCUAAACGGGACAUCCCUUAAUGUGUUGUUUGAUUCAGGCGCCACACAUUCCUUUAUCUCUGAAUCUUGUGUGAGGCGAUUGAAAUUACCUGUUCUUGUUAUGAAAUGUGAAAUUGUUGUUUCUACCCCAACUAAUAAUCCCGUAACCACAUCCCAUGUUCGCUUACAUUGUCCAAUUCAAAUAGAGGGCAAGAGCUUUCUUGUUAAUUUGAUAUGCUUGCCUCUUUCCGACCUGGAUGUUAUCCUGGGAAUGGAUUGGCUCUCUGCCAAUCAUGUCCUUUUAGAUUGCCAAGAGAAGACCUUAGUUUUUGAUCUUCCUAAACAUAUUGAAUUGAGUCAUCCAGAGUCUCGUACUAUAAACCAGGUAGGCGUCUUGGUAGAUGAUGAUGGUCUAUUUCGAGGUGUUUAA